CUCUAGAGGCCUACGUGGACGAAACUAUGACCAUAUUUCGUAACCGCUGGAUGCUUCAGGGGUUUAUUGGGUUGCUGUUUAGAGAUCCGGUUGUGGAGGCUGUGUAUCCGAGUCCAACUGCCGGAGUCGUAGAGAAACGAACGACCACCUCCGCUUCGCAAGACUUAGUUUCCUUAGGGGUAGGUUAAAGGUGCUUUUGUUACCGUUUGUUAUGGCGUUCCUAAGGGGGACAGCUAUAACAAGCGGGAUAAACAAACACCAAAAACCUACCUCUAAUUUCCCUAGCCAAGACACUCGCAAGUCCAAGCCACUCUCCCGACGAUUAUGCCUUCAAAGGUCCGCAUAAAGCGGAGUAUCUACUGGGGCUCUUACCAGAGCAGCAAGGAAGUUUUAGGUUUUUGGUUGAAGGAGACGGGGUGGGAGAAGGCCGUGAUGGUGAUGUUGGAUUUAUUGCAGCAAGAGACGACGGUCAACAAGAUGAAGAAGAACAAGUACAUGCACAAAGCCACUUGCCAGUACACGGGCAUGAUAAGAUCGACAUGGAUCACCAAGACCUAUUCCAUGCUUUGCACCGUUUACAGAGUAAAAAACUCCCAGGGAGGUUUGCUGCGUUGCCGCCUAGGUGGAGCUACUUCCUAGAACAUCCUGUAGAACAGACUUUGGAAGAGAUCGCGAACCGCAAGUCUAAGCCUUUGCUCCAAACACUGCGUCAACGGGUUCGAGAAGCCUCUCUGGGAUUGAGUGCCACUUGCAGUCUCUUUUAUGCUGCGAAGGAGAGCUAGAGGUAAUGCUAGUAGCUAACUCCUAGUUACCAGAAAAGGAGAAGACGUAACAACUAGUAUCUAGAUCAUGAUAGGAGGUACUGCUACUGGUAAGUACUGAUAUUACAAAACCCACUAAACAGACUGCUUUGAAGAUGUCCUCGUCAUUCAUCUAUUAUUCUUAUACCCGCAUUUUUAUUUUUUAUUACUAUUAAUAGCAUUACCCCUUCAUAGUUCAUACACCUCAAGCAGCAGCCGCCGCCGAACAAGUUGUGACGGUAGCUUUAGGCGUCGAGGCUGACACCAUAUUCGAGGCAGACAACGUCGCACGUGACACUGUCGAUGAGUAUGUGCCUGCUCUCUCCAGUCGUACCUUUGUCUUAGUGACGCAAUACGUACUAGGAAAGAACAAGGAGCUGCGGGAUUACGUUAAUGGAUUGGAGUUAAGGAUGAAAGGAGGUGCGUGAUAAUUCAUUGUUAGAAGUCGCGAAGUCUUCUUAGUUGUAUCGAAGUAAGAGUACAUCAGUGCAAUUCAAUCUUUUCGAAAUGGAAAUUUUGUAUUUAUGAGUAUAAAGACUUUAUAGGGGUAUAAUGGCUUAUACUUAAGUUUUUGCUCGAAAGGAUAACUCAGCUUACGCUUCGACAAUGUUGUUGUUGAUUGAAGAAGCCAACACCGAAGCAUUCUCUAAUCAACUCCUCUGGAGCACCGGAAGGCAAACAACUGAAGCGUGACUUCUUUGAUUUCUAUCGGACACGGCUGACCGAAUACGUGGAGUCAUGGGUCGACGAGAUAUACUACCUGCUUCACUCUUAUGGCAGAACUAGUAGUUGUAGAGCUAUUGCUAUUUCUAUUAUCCACAGCCGAGCACUUCUCCGAGACACGCCCAGGCUUCGGCCGCCUUUGAUGCGAAGACUUUAAAUAAGUCUAGUGGUAACUACAAGUAGAAAGAACGGCUACGUAAUGGCAUGUUGAACGCAACAACUUUGCCUCCUUUUUUUUCUCUCACGAUCACGUCCAGCGCUUAUUACACCUGCUGUGUUGGUUAAUACCCCCACAUCUAAUCCUUCUGGUCCAGCGUGCAAGGCCGUUUCAACUGGUUCGCUACCUUAAUCCAAUUCGAGGAAGGGCGACGAUUAGUCCGUGCCAUGUCCCUCCUCCAGAGAAGCCUCAACAAGGAGUUUUUCUGUAAGAGAUUAGAGCAUACGGCAGUGGGAUUCCAGGGCGAGUGGACUCAGGUGGAAUUGCCACAAGUUAAUAUGCUGUAUUGGGCUAUUUUUGGCCCUGACCAACAGAUGCAAGAAAUGGGGGAAAGAACCCGAAGAAGCCGAAGCUCUACUACAGAUAACAAGGAACUAGAAGGAGUCUCUGCUACUUUGAGAAGCUCUACAGACGAAAACUACAAGGAAGCGCCACAAGUUCAAGUAGGCGUCGCUGCUUUGGUCGACCAACUUCUUUACGGUGCAGAAAGAAAAACGAAUCCGUUCUUCCACAAAGUCAGAAGGGAGCUGGCGGAUUUUGAGACGAGAGUAGUAGGAGGAGGAGAGAAUGAACAAAACUACGAAAAGUUUGCUUUCUUAACGGUUCUAUGGGAAAACUCACCAAAAAUCUACAUCGAUGCUGUACGGACGUUAGCUCAUUCCUGCUAUCGUUUGCAUAAAGGUCGAUACCGAUUCUUGGUGAUCGUGCCUGCGGAGACUGUAGUAAAGACUCCUGCUGAUGAUAGGGGAGGGGGAGCAGAAGAAGAGGAAGUAGAUCAUGCUGGAAGUGAAAGGCAAACCAGAAGCAGCUCGUCUACAUCUACAACGAGGAUCAACCUAGAACUCGUCGAUUACCUUCUCCGCGAACCCAGAAUGAACUUAGAAGUCUACCCAGUAACCGCAGAGCAAGUCGCGCCUCCCAACUGGGGUCAAAAGUCCCAGGCUUCCUGGGAUUGGUUUACUGAGCGGAAGGUUGCGAGGUCUGCAAUCGGGUUCUUUCAGUUCGCCAUGACCGAAUUCGAGAAGUUGGUGUACUUGGAUGCCGAUACACUACUCAUAGAACCGAUAGACGAGCUCUUUACCAUGCCCAAGCAGACGCCUUUUGCCGUAGCAGUGAAUCUGAUGGCAAGAUUCAGCUUUGGAGGAUUGGUCAGAGGGAAGAACCCAGGACAGAUUCGCCCAAGGUGGUUUCCCUUUAUCAUUAUGAAUGGAGUUUGGUACUAAUAUUUAAUAUAAUUGGUUCGUUUCGUCCUUCCGUUUCAGUAUCCAUUUCCCUAUGCAGCAGCACUUAUAUCAUGAACUCUGUAGUUCCUGUUCAGAGAGAGAUAACUAUCUAAUCGUCACAUAGCCUGCAUGGUGAUCCAACCGGAUCGCGGCUUCUUCGACCAUAUGAUGGAGAUCAUGGCCUCGCAGGAGUUGGACACCGACGAACUCAGCAAUUUUUUUGAGAAGGGCAUUCACCAACCUUGGCUGGACCAUUACUUGAUGAAAUAUAGCGUCCGAGCAGGGUUUGCGUUGUGGAGGAAUGAAGAGGAAGAAGAGAAGCUUGUUAUAGAGGGAGGACGUGGAGAAGUAGAAGGUGUGGGAGGACUGGGAGAUGUAGGACUCCUGGGAGAUGUUGUUCGAGGUCAAGAAGAUGAUGUUGAUGGUCGAGGUCAAAAAUAUGAUGGUGUUGCCGAACAUCAGGUUCUACUUGAAGGCCAAGAUCAUGGUGUUGUAGGUGUGAACGCAGGAGGUGACACCACGACCUUUGAACCGAUCUCCGGUCUCUCCUUUGCUGGCUGCGAGUUAGACUUCCAUGCAGAUUUCCACUUAUCAGAAUUCUUAAAGAGUAACCGUACAACAGCGGAGGGGCCGCAGAAGGAACGCUUUUUGAGGGGAUUUCCUCGGUCUUUGCCAGGUUGGGAAACGUUUGCGAGAAAAGACCAGUUGGAGGAGAAGAAGAUUAUGGACUCUUGUGUAAGUAGACAUGCUCCUUUGGUAGCAGCUCUGAUAUUGGUUAUAGUAGAAGGUGCUUCAGUGGGGAGAAUUCGUCAGGGAAAUCUUAGGCAGCUUGCCGAGUAGAUUCGAGUCAUCAGAUGCAGACUCGACGUUCGUAGUAUAGUUGGAAGUGCAAUCCUGCUGCCUACCUCUAAGACUCCAGUCAACCGGUGGGUGGAAUACGAAUGGAGGGACGCAGGCACAACAACUAGCAGCCAAGACCUACCCAAGAAUCGUCCCAAAGACUACUCCCACUCAGACGACAAUCAGCCAGCAGCAUUAGCAACCAACAACCGCAUGCGAAAAGUCCAUCAUCACUGCCUUCUAGACCACUCUUACAACUUUCAAGUGGAGGUCAAAACGGCUAUGCAGGUCUUGGACCAAGCUGUGGAGCCAUGGGUUCAUCUAUUAAGGCUUCCCCUAAUCCAUCUUGCGAAGCACCUUAGAGACGUUUCGAACGAGGAAACAGUCUCGGGAUGGACUCGGAGAUGCAUUGGCGUGCGUUCUAAAUCUAGGUGCAUGGGCGAGGAGACAUGAAGGUGGAGAGGCAGGAGCUGAUGUGGCAAGCGCGGCUACUAGUGGUGGGAAUGAUGAAGAACAAGAAUCGCGGGAGCCGACAGUUGGCGCUGGUGUCGAGGUGGAGGACACUGUGAGUGAGAGUGCGGGUGAAGGAGUAAGUAAAAACCCAUCCACUAGCACAUCUAGUGCGUCCUCCUUCGACUUUGAAGAUGCAGAAUUCGAACAGCCUAUUGAUGUAGCAGCCGAUAACGAUAAGCAAGUCCGAGAACUACAGCUAGCCCAAGAUUUAUUCUUCCGACGAAAACGAGGACGAAGACGGCUUUUCUUUGGGGAUAGGAAGAGUAGUAGUGAUAGGGUUGCGAUGGCACGUGAUUUUCUUGGUGAGGAUCUGAAGAAAGACUAUUGGGAGGCAAAGACUUACGGCACUUUUAGCUACUUAUAUAUGCAAAAUAGGUGUCUGUACGGGUGCUACGAGAAGCAUCAUCAGAUACUAAUACAUCGCAACGGAUUCGACAUGCUAAUGUUUUAUGUACCUCGAAAGCAAAAAAGAUCAUCAUGUGUUCCCGAAACUACAUCAAGGAAUAUAAGCAACGAACUUUGCUCUAACGCGUUCCACGCGAACGCCUCUCCAGUAUGCUGCAACUCUCCCAAAUAGAGCAACUCCAGGACUGGGCAGCCCGACAAGCGGAUCUAGGACCUGCGUUUGAAGAACGCUUACUAGAGCGAGUGAGGCAGCUCUACAGACUCCAGCGGAUCAACGUGAGGAUACGAGGUGGCACAAGUAUUAGCACUGGAAGCAGAGAACAAGUGACCUCCACGUCAUCCAGGAGUACGAGAAAAACAUCAAUAUCAAUGACUCCGAAGGUAGUUAAUGGCACCACCAGAAACAUCCGUCCCAAGAUCCUGCACUGGGCUGGAGAGAACCGCAAGCCGUGGGAACGGAUACAUCCAGGCUCUAGAACUGAAUUCGAUAGACUCUGGUGGCUGGAGUACGAGUCGAUGAUGCGCAAGUCAGGCUUAGCGCCUGUGACUUGUGAGGAUCCUAUUUAGGGUUGUACUUGUACUUGUAACUGUUAUUUUUUAGGAGUUGGGUACGUACUAGGCGCAUUUUGAUGAAGCCAGUAUGUGGGGACAACAAGGAUUCACUUUCACGGGCACAUGAUGGAUAAUAGUUGGUCUUAUUCUACAUUUAGCAAACAAAGGACAUUUAAUCCGAAUAGAGCAACGAGCACGAGUUGAAGACAUUUCUCGUUAGUCUUAGUGGUGACAUACCGCAGAACAUGAAAAGCAUCCGGCAGAAGAUGAAAUGACUAUUCUUCGAAAGAUUGAGCGCACCAGGUUUGUGUGCUUUUAGUUUACAUGUGUGCUUACUCAAACGAG